GCGCUUUUGACACCCAACGAUAAGAACCGUGCUCCGGGGGAGGAAAAAAAAACACUCUUUCCCUCCCCUUUUUUUUAAAACUCUGUCAGUUAUUUUUCCUGCACGUCGAAACACGCAGAGCGAGAGUGUCCACUUAUGAAAUAUCGCUAGCGCAAACAACUAGCAUGCUGUUUCGAAGAUGCUUUUCCUCGGUUGCUGCGAACGCGUUUGCCCUAUGUGUUGUACUUGUCUCAGAGCUGCUUCUGUGUGCGCCUCUCGCGCAGGCGGGUACUAGUGACUCGACGCUUGCAUUUCUUGCUGACUUUAGGGAGCAGAUUCCUCAGCUUGGCGUUUUAUGGACAACACCCCUCUCUUCCUUCUGCUUCUGGCGUUUUAUCACAUGCAACACCACGACGGGAAUGGCGAGUCUUGAACUCUCUGAGCUGAACUUGACGGGGCAGUACCCUCAGGUGAACCAACUUAAUGGGUCGCUGAUUUACGUUGAGUCCAUCAACAUCUCGUUCAACCCACACUUCGCCGCUGGUUUGCGUAGGGAUUGGAGGCGGCUCUCUCAUCUGCGCGUUCUCGAUCUUAGCGGCACGCACACCGACGGCAGCCUUCCAGACGAUUGGGGCGACCUCCACAACCUGGAGUUUCUCAACUUGAGCAACACCAAAGUUGGCGGCGACAUCCCCGACGAGUGGAGGGGCAUGACGAAGCUCGUUGUACUGGACCUCCGCAACACCCAAGUGGGAAAGAUGAGUGUCAAUACGUUAGGCGGGGACAUGGGAGGCCUUGAGGUGCUCCAGCUGGGCGAGACGGGCGCCAAGCAAGUUUUGGAACAGCUGUCAAGCCCGUCGUACUUUCCGCGUCUCCGCGUCCUCAAUGUUUCGUGCCCUGGAGACACCGAUACGCAGGAGCUUCCCAGCGACCUCGCAGUCUGGGCGUCCGGGCUGCAGAAUCUCGAGUACGUUGGCUUUGAAGGCUGCGGCUUCACAGGGUGCGUGCCGGACUCAUUUCGUGCUGUCCCGGUUCUCAUGCAGGCCGCGCGACGCGCCAAUGUGGGGCUUGUGAUGAGCAAACCCAAAUGCCGUGCCUACACCUGCACGUCUCCCACGAAACUCAACGAUGACACCGAAGUGUUUCUUCACAUUUUGAAAUCAAGCCACUUCAUGCAGCACGCCGUCUCGCUCUGGCGCGGUGACGAUUACUGCAACUGGCCGGGCGUUUCUUGUCCCAUGGCGUGCGGUCUCGGCAUCAGCGUGGACCUCUCUGCGCUUCCCCUCUCCGGCACCAUUCCAGACGCCUUUGCGGCUGUGGGUGACUCGUCGGUGCUCAUUGACUCCUUCAUCAUGCGUGGCAACUCCGGCGUGGUGGGCACGUUGCCUUCGUCCCUGGCGGCGGCUCUGUCGCUAGCCCGGCGGGUGGAGCUGUCCUCGCUGGCCAUUGUAGGCGUCCUCCCCCGCAUCUUGGGGUCUUCGCUCCGCUACGUGGAGUACUUCACCAUCACCCACACGCGCAUCUGCGGUCCCUUGCCUGCCUGGAACGCCACCUUCUACCCUCCGCUGCGGUACGCCGAUCUGUCGAACAACAGAAUGGGGGGUGCACUCAGCAAGUCGUGGGCGGCGCUGCCGCUUGAGACGCUGGAUCUGCGCAACAACAAUUUCUGCGGUUGCGUGCCCAACUCGUGGCGUGGCAAACCCGUCUUGCUACGCGCGUUGGACAGUGCAGUGCUGUCGGCUGGUACGGCCGACGCCUGUGCCUUCCUCAACGGCUGCGGCAAUUUGAACCAGCAGUGCGACGCGACAGCUGACGGACCUGCGGCGACUGACACGGCGGAGUUUCUCAAGACGCUACGGGACAGCUUCCCUGCUCCGCUGAGCAGCUGGGACGCGUCCGCGGACUACUGUGAUGGCACCUGGAAAGGGAUCUCCUGCGCUCGGUCGGUCUACGGUGUAAAUGAGUUGUCUAUUCAACUGCCAGGCGCACAGCUUGUCGGCACUCUGCCGCAACUCCCCGCCAACAUCGUCGGAUCGCGCGUGCUGGUGGCGUCGAUCAGCAUGUCGAACAACCGCGGCCUCACGGGCAGUCUUCCGGUGUCGUGGGGGAGGCUGAGCUACCUCCGCACCCUCGACCUUAGCGGCUGCGCCCUGCGCGGCGAUCUUCCCGAGACUUGGGAGGGUAUGUCGAGCCUUGAGACGCUGCUCAUCGCCGGGUCGAGGCUGUGCCGAGGACUACCAAAUUGGCGAGCCGCAAACAUGCCCAACCUCAAAUACUUCGACGCCAGCGCGAACUCCAUGCUUGGCGGGCUCAGCGACAGCUUCGGCGGCUUUGGUUCCCAACUGAAGUUCUUCAACGUCACCAAAAAUAAGUUCUGUGGCUGCAUCCCCAGCAGCUGGAAGCCGUACAACGUGCUGGUGGCUGGCGUAGACAACGACGCCGCAACGGCGCAGUGUGGGCAAGCCUCCAACGCGUGCGGGCGGUAUGCGAUGCGGUGCACGCUCCUUCACGACAACUUUCUCAACUUUAUGGACGUCAACUGGAACUAUCUCGACUUGAUGAAAAGGCACCUGAGCGUCGACCUUGACGCCGCGACCAGCAGCCAGGCGAUCAAGGUCUUCGCGACGUGGAGCGACUACGAAUUUUGCUCUUACGCAGGUGUUUCAUGCCGCUUUCACAACGGCAGCAACGGCUUUGCACUGGACCUCAAGGGUGUCGGCUUGAAAGGCUCGCUGCCCUCUCUCUCGUCCGCUUUCAGGGGCGGCGUCGCCGCGCGGACGAUCGACCUUUCCGACAAUCCCUGGAUUACCGGUACGCUUCCGCCGUCGUGGGGCAUGCUGACGAAUCUGCUGUAUCUUGAUCUGAGCAACACCUCCGUCCAGUCGGCCAUCCCAACGUCGUGGCAGGGCAUGCACAACCUUCGCCACCUCUCCGUCGCACAGACGCUGGUGUGCGGCUCGCUUCCUCCAUGGUCGGCCAAUAUGUUGGUGUCUGUACGUUCUAUGAACUUCUCGCACUCGAAGCUGGCUGGUGCGUUGAGCGAGGAGUGGGGUUCCUUCGGCUCAUCGGGCCUCACGACGCUCAGCCUGGAAGGAAAUGCGGGGCUGUGUGCGUGUGCGCCAAGCAGAUGGCUGGAGGGCCACGUGUUACCAGAGGCACUUCUCAGUGCCUUCGGCACCAUUCCUCGAGCAUCGAACACCUGUGCGUCGGUUUGUUCGUGGCCCCCCUCUUGCGCAGACCCUGAAAGAGUCGACUCUGGCAACGACACGCCGGGGCUGCACGGUGUUCUUUCUGUUCACGUUUUGGUGCUGCUUGUGGCGACCUUGCCCCUCUAG